AUGGCUUUACAAGAGCGCCCCAGCUCGAGCUCAUCGCCUAUCGACAUCGACAUCUCCUCGGCACAUAGGUCGUUGCUGUCAGCCACGGGGGCUGCUCUGAACUUCGCCGCCAGCUUUCACCGGGAUGCCCAGGCAUGCCGUGGCACGUUGGAGCGACAGCAGCUUUACGAGGUCUACCGUGACAAGAUCCUCGCAAUCGACGGUAUUGCGGCCAAUGUCGCCGCCGCUUUCCUGCCUUUCCUCCGCACUGUUCGCAGCCCCGAUAAUGGCAACCAUGAGCGCUGGGGCGAUUUUGACCGUCUGGCCCAGCGCGGCAAGAAGAUGCGCGACCGCGAGAGCCAGCAUCUGCAGCACCAAUCGGGCAUCAUUGCCGCUUGGGGGCUCGAAUGUUUCGAGUAUUACGACUGGCAUGCUCUGCCGUUACCACUUCUUCGCCAGCUUCACGACCUGGCCGUGCUUAUGCCUCGCUGGGAAGACGUUGUUGAACUGCUUAACUCCAAGAUGCUGGCACGCCACGAGCUCCGCGUGUUGCGUGGGAGGAACAAGGCCCUCCGGGUCGGUGAGCACUCGCCCGCGUCCAAGGUGCAGGCUCCGCACUCGCCCGUCGAACGGUCUGACAUACUCGCUGCUCUGGAAUGGGCGCAGACAAAGGCCACCUCUGCCGCUGCUCGCCGGGAAGUUAAGCAGUCAGCACGACGCAUCAACGGAACUCCGAUCCGCCAAUUCGGUUUGAAGCUCGAUAUCUUUGGUAUGGUUGUGCCGUCCACAGACAGCACUGUUGAAGACGACAGCGACCACCCUGUGGAUGGAAAUACCAAUCACAGUGACCAUAUCGGACGUUUCACCCGGCCAACGAAGCGAACCAGACUCUCAUCCGCCAGCCGCGAACCUUCCACCCUUCCAGCCACUGCGGCAAACCAUGCGGACCAGAAAACCCGUGCCCGCGGUGGAGCACAUCGUAUCACUCGCGGUAGUGCUAGCACCAGUACCGAGUCGUCAGAGCCAGAAGAAAAAGAAUUGUCAAAUAAGUCAGAAGCAGAUUCUGGGGACCAGGUUGCCAGGGACGAGUCCAGCGGAGAUGAAAUAUCAGCCCUGGACGAAGUGCAAAAGGAAGAAGGAGGAGAAGUCAAGAUAACUCAACCAGACCCACCGGAUCAGUCUGCCAUCACAGAAUCGAGAGGCGCCUCUAUUAUCUGCAGCGGCCUCACAAACAUGGAAAAGAAACCGUUUUCUGAGACGAGCGGUUCAAGAGAGAAAGAGAAGACAGCAAGUCUUAUAUCAUGGUCAGAAGAAGACGAGGCGAUGGUUUCCGAGGCAGAUGAUCAUGCGCAAGAUGCAGCCAGUCUGAAUAUUCCAGAACGAGGAGUCGUUCAGGAAGAUGAGUCUGAUAUAGGAGAAAGCAUUGCUGGAUCCGUAAACAUGAAAGAAGGGGCAGAGGAAGAUACUAGGGACACGAGCCAGGAUGAGGACACUCACAACACAGAAAAGGCCGGUCAGAUGGAAGCGAAGUGUAACGAAACAAGCGUAAAGGUGCCUACUUCGGGAUCAAAUACGUUUCUGGUAGAGAACCAGAGAGUGAGAUCAUCAACGUCUCAAGGCUCCAUACUACAGACGACAAACCAUCCGGUGGCAGACCGUACUAUAAGCACAUCAUACCAAGCCACCGCCGCGGUCUCGCGGUUAGGACAAUGCCAGCCUCUACCUGAUUCAAGCUCUGGUAGUAGCAUUGAGCGAGCCCCGGAGGCAGAAGCCACGCCAUUCUUGGACAACCCGGCGCCGGCGCCGGAAACACGGUCAAGUCCUGUGUCCCCUGAGGGCGGUUCGCCAGCGCAACAGCUGACGCUACUUCAGAGGCUACAGACGUGUCACAAUGAUACCAUUCGCCGUCUUGUCGAAGACCUAAGUAGGCCAAACGAACUUGAGGAUGUUGUCCACCAACGCCGUCUGCAGCUGAACUGGCUAGGUCCGCAGCAUUGGGCCCGCAUCUACGCCGAGCCAGAGCACCGUCUGGGUAGAAGUUGCGUGACAUCUCCUGAAGACGCCGACGUGUGGUAUCUGAGCUGGGAUUCGUUCCGUAAUUACGCCGAGUCCGGCCAUAUCUUCCGCCGGCCGGUCGUGAUCAAGCAGGAGUUUCAGGACAGCGGCACGUACGACAUUGUUGAUUAUGUCGACAUGCUGUGGCAACGUUUUCCCGAGCAGCAGGUUGACGUGCAAAACAGCAUGACAGGGACGUAUUCGUCCAUGAGUCUGGCCGAGUACUGCCUAGCCGUUGCCAACGUGGACCUGAGCUCGUCCGAUGCCGCUGCUGCCAUCAGCAGUGUCACGAACCUCCGUCGCUUGGCGCGGGCGGACGAGCCGCUCCUGAGCAGAUUGCCACGCUUCCGGCUCCUCUCGACGUUGGCAGACCGCGUCGCUGGCACUGUCGGCAGGAGCGGACAUUUGAUCAUGAACGACGUGCAGGGCUGUUUGGGUUUCAACCUGCUUAACUUUGCCGGCGCGUUCUCUGGGGCAUACGUGGACCCCCUAGUCGGCAGCUGGGCGCGCUGUCUCUCUGGCGUCCAGAUCGCGGCAGUCGCUACCGAUCUCGACGCUGAUGACUGGCAAAGGUUUUCUCAAGAGGGCCGCGACUGGUCGCCGAGGGGUCAAGGACGUCUGAUCGUUCUUGAGCAGGACGACGUGCUCCUCAUGCCGCCUGGCCUACGCGCCGUACGUGCUACGUUCGCGCCGGAGCCGUGUCUGAUGGAGGGCGGGAUGCUGUGGGACGAGUGCAGCAUCCCCGAAAUCCUAGAAGGGCUGCUUUGGGUCGUCGAUAACCGGGCGUAUACCGACGAGUCCAUACGCUUUGCCUUUCAACUAAUUUCCCUUAUUGAUGCAUUAGAGAAGUGGCUGGAUGAUGAGAACUACGUUGGCCGGCCCUCCAGUCAGGCCACGGCCACUGAGCGGAAUCAGACGGUGAAGGUCGGUAUCCGGUCACUACGCGCCUUAUUACGGCUGCCUCCAUAA